AUGAUCAUUGAAAUAAUAAGAUCUGAAGUGAUUUCUGCCAAAUAUUUCUCAAUUGAAUGUGACGAAGUAACAUCCCACAAACGGGCAUUUAUGUCUGUUAUUGUUCGGUAUGUCUACGAUUAUUGUAUUUGGGAAAGGUGUAUCAAGCUACAUCGUGUGACUAAUUUAACAGGACAAAGCCUUGCAGCUGUUAUCAUUGCUAUUCUUGCGAACAUGAACUUUCCUAUCCGCAAUUUAGUUGGUAAAGGCUUUGAUGAGGUAAGUAACAUGUCAGGCAAGGACGAAGGUGUUCAACAACAUCUCACCGCAGCUGGUUCUGAUAAAUCGAUAUAUUUCCAUUGUUUUGCCCACAAAUUAAACUAAACCUUGUCUUAGAGAGGAGUGUUAACAACGUACCUUCUGUGAAUGACGUAUUUGAUAUUAUUGGUUCCGUCUAUCACUGUCUCGAAGGGUCUCCGAAGAGGCAUGCAUUGUAUGAAGAGAAGCUACAACUUCAUGGCAUAUCGAAGGGAAAGAUAGCAUUACACACGCUUUCAGACACAAGAUGGACUGCUCGAUCCGACAAUUUGGAGGUUGUUUUCAACACCUUGCCUGCUAUCAUAUCGAUGCUUAAAGCAAUGUCUAAAGAGGGCGAAUCAGCUGCAGAUGGAUUGCUCGUACGUAUGCGAAAGCUCAAGUUCAUUGCUUCGUGUAUCGUAUUGAAGAAGUGUUUUGCUCUAAGUAGAUCGGUCUCAGAAUAUCUUCAGCACGAAAACAUGGACUUGGUUUCAGCGGUGUCAGGUGUGCAAUCUCUGAAAGAUUCUUUGUCCUUCUUUCGAAACGAGGAAAAGAUGGAUCAGUUUCUGCAGGAGGCACGGAAAUAA